AUGGAAGAUAAUAAUGAUAAUGAUGAUUUUCUAUUCAAUGGUUUAUUUUCCCCAAUUGAAAAAAUAUUUGCUGAUUUCGAUCGACUUUUCUAUGGUUUCUCAACUACAGAAUUUCAAAUAUCUGUUGUAGAUAAUCAUCAUGGUGAUGAAAAUCUUGACUCUACUAUAGAAAAAUAUGAUCUUAAUAAAGCAUUUCCAAGAACUUUUAUAAUAACAACAAUGAAACGAUCAACAACAUAA